AUGAUUUUUUUUGUUAGACAUGGUGAAAGAGCUGACUAAACAAAUGACUAUGAGGAAAAAAAAAAAAUAAAAAAAUCUUUCGACCCUCAUCUUACUAAUAAGGGUGAUAAUUAAGCAAGAAUGACAGGUGCACAUUUAAAAAAAGUAAUUGAAGAGUAUGCUAAUGAGAAAUAAAUUUAAGUUAAAGACUUGUAAAUUGUAUUUAAUAUUUAUUAAAUCUUAGAACUUUAUGACUUCACCUUUUUUAAGAUGCAUUUAAACAUCUAUUAAUUUAAUGAAAGAGAUACCUAAUAAUAAGAAACUUUAUAUUUAAGAUGAAAUUGGAGAAUUAAUGUAUACUUAUGACUUUUCUUCGAAUAUUCUUGAUAAAUUGCAUUUAAGAACUGAUUAACAUCCAAUUCUUACAAAAGAGUAUUAAAAUGAUGUUUAGAUUAUUAAAGAAAGAUUUAUAAAAAACCCUAAUCUACCUUAACCAGUUUUUCCUGAAAAUGAUAAUUUAUGCUAAAAGAGAAUUAUGAUUGAACUUAAAUCAUAAAUGGAAAAGCUUCCAAAAAAAACUAAUACAAUAAAUAUUUGUGUCACUCAUUAAGGUGUGGUUGAAUUGAGUUUAUUGAUUGAAAAUUUUUAAAAUCAUAAUUGGAUUGACUAUUGUGGAGUUUCAUAAUUUAUCUUAUAAGAUGAUGGAAGCGUAAAGAUUGGAAUAAAAGGAUAAAGUUUUUGGAAAUGAAUUUAACAAAUUAUUGUAUAUAAUGUAAAA